AUUCUCCAACACUCCAGAGCUGAGCGAGAUCUACUACAUCCAUCUCCAUCCAUUUCUUUUAUUUAAUUAGUUUUAAUUUAGAUUUCUAAUUCUAAUUUAUUGAAACAUUUUAAUUUCUGUGCCCCGCAUUCCGUUCGGCUCGCCUCGCUCCGGUCCGGUUUGUCCGUGUGAGCCCCCGCCCACCGACACCGACACAGAAACAGAGCCAACCAGUGCCCCCUCCGUUGUGUGUGCGUUGCUGACAAAAUUGUGUGUGGAAAAAAUGUCCAAGAAUAAAAUAAACACAACCUCGGCCACGGCGACGGGCGCCGAAACGAAUCUAAUCGAAGUGAAAUCAAAGUUCGAUGCCGAAUUCCGACGCUGGAGCUUCAAGCGCAACGAGACGGAGCAGAGCUUCGACAAGUUUGCGGCACUUAUCGAGCAGCUGCACAAGCUGGCGAACAUACAGUUUCUUAUACUCUACAUCGAUCCGCGUGACAAUGAUCUGCUGCCCAUCAACAACGAUGACAAUUUCGGGCGAGCGCUCAAGACGGCACGACCCCUCCUGCGUGUGAUAGUGCAACGCAAAGAUGAUCUGAACGAGUACUCCGGCUUUGGGACGAUGAAGCCGCGCAACCUGAUUGGCAGCAUACUACUCGGCCACACGCCGGUUAAGACCAAGGCGCCAUCGAUAUCGAAGCCACACGACUUUCGCCAGGUGUCGGCCAUCAUUGAUGUGGACAUUGUGCCGGAGACGCAUCGGAGGGUGCGCCUUCUGAAGCACGGCAGCGACAAACCGCUGGGAUUCUACAUACGCGACGGAACUUCUGUGCGGGUGACGUCCAGCGGCCUGGAGAAGCAGCCGGGCAUUUUCAUAUCGCGCCUUGUGCCCGGCGGACUGGCCGAGAGCACCGGUCUGCUAGCCGUUAACGAUGAGGUAAUCGAGGUGAACGGCAUCGAAGUGGCCGGCAAGACUCUGGACCAGGUCACCGACAUGAUGGUGGCCAACAGCUCCAAUCUGAUCAUAACCGUCAAGCCGGCCAACCAGCGUACGCUCACGUCCACACACCGCGGCUCCUUCUCGCGCAACAGUCAGCUCUCGAGCGGAUCGCAUCACACGAACCACACGAACACCUCCGAUGAGAUUGAGCAUGAUGAUCAGGAUGAUAUAGUCGACCUAACAGGCGUCACGCUCGACGAGAGUCCCACGGGCACCUCCUCCACCGGCAGUCACAAUAAUCAUCAGCCACAAACGACGCAGCAGUCAUCAUCACCGCCCUCGCAUCACCAUCAGGCAGCCUCCAAUGCGUCCACGAUAAUGGCCAGCGAUGUGAAAGAUGGGGUCUUGCAUUUGUAAGCCUCCCAGCAGCAUAAGUACUCAGAGCCAGGCAGCGACUAAGGAACGGAAAGCGACGAGCGUCAUUGGAAUGCCCAAACAAACCCACUAACGAACCACACAUUUGAUGGAACCAGAGAACUGUUCAGGCCUGUGGGUACAUCAGUGGAAGAUCGAAAACUUUCCCCGCAUCUCAAUAGUAUCCAGUCAAUUAAGCGUAAAGUUCAAUGAGAGAUCCCGACAGGCCUGGCAGUCAUACACAUAUACACAUAUAUAAAAUGUUUAUAUAUGCAGCUACACGACUUUCCCCAUACAUUCCACAGAAACACACAUAUACACAUGUUCAUUUGCACGUUUUUGACUGCAGUUGUCCCCUGUUUUUAUCUAUUUUCCAUUUCAUAUUUAUAUGUGUAUUUAAAUUUGUAGGAUUUAUCCGUCAUGUUAUUAUUCAUAGUC